AUGUGGCUUUCUUAUUGUAAACAAGCGAUCCAUCGUCCACAAGUGUGCUACCUCCUUGCCAUUAGGAGAUCACUUGUACAGCAAUCUACAACAGGAGAUUCUUCAAUCUACAUAAAUCGCGAAAUUAUAGGAUGUAAUUCAGUCAGCGAGCUAUUGGGUGUUACCAAGGCUCAUUUGCCAGGUUUCGACAAUAUCAAUAUUAUUACAGCUUUUGAUCGAGUAUCAAGAUUGAGCCUUUAUUAUGAACGGAAGAAGUUAUGUAACGAUCGAAUUUUUGCACGAUUAUGUCAGGCUGUAACGGUAAGGAGUGAAACGAUGACUGGUCUCAAUUACGCUCAUCUAGCUUGGAGCUUAGCUAAAGGGAGAUUUAAAUGUCAAAACUGGCAAUACUUAGAUAUGUUGCAAGCUGUAAGAACCGGAUUAGAAUCAAAUAUUGAAAUGUUACCUAUUCAAAAACUAGCAUUGGUCAGUUGGUCUGUAGCGAAUUAUCCAAAGCUAAAAAGCGAUGUCAUUGUAGACAAGUUAAUCAAGACAAUUACUCUCAGAAGUCACAAGCUUGCAACUGGACACGAUAUCAAUCAGUUGUAUCACGCUUUUGCGAAACUAGGAUAUCAAGAUAGCAAAUUUUAUGAUCUAAUUGAUACACAAGCUGAGGAAAAUUUAGCCUUAUUUAAAAUUCAAGAAGCUGCUGGCCUCUACCAUUCAUUAAGUAUAUUAGGUCGAGAAAAUACAAGGCUAUGGUCAAAGUUAACCCUCUACAUUAAAUUUCAUGCUAAUAAGCUUGAUGGAAAAGGAAUUGCCAAUGUGACUUGGUCGUUAGCCAAUAUUGGUAACAAGGAUGAUGCUUUUCUUCAAAUUUUAGGUAACGCUGCUAUGGAAAGGAUAAAAUUCAUGAAUCCUGAUUCUUUAGCAAUAUUUGCUUGGUCUUUGGUUUCCUUAGACUAUUUCGAUGACAAAUUAUUCGAUGUUAUUGCUGAUGAAUCUUUAGUCCAAAUGCGCAAGUUUUCUGCACAAAAUCUAUCCAACCUAUUAUUAGCUUUUGCUAAAUCUAAUUAUAUGAUUCCAAAACUAUUUCAUGAUGUUGCUGAAAGUACUAUAAAAAAAUUACAUAAUAUGGAACCACAAGCAAUGGCAAAUAUUGCGUUAUCAUAUGCUAAAGUCAGUUAUUAUGAGCCAAAUUUAGUUAAAGCUUUCACUGAUAAAAUAAUUUUUAGUAGGUUGAAGGACUGGCACCUUCGUGAUUUAGCAGAUCUUAUGUACUUUUUCGCAAAAAUGAAUAGUUGCGAUUCGAAAUUAUUGGAAAAAUUCAAUAAAGUGAACGUAACUGAUUGGCUAAAAGGAUCACCACCUGCAAGAUUUACCUCCCAUGAACUCAUCAUUAGGAUUGUAUGGUCGUUGAUAGUACUUAACAGACAACCUAGAAAUAUUGUUGCUGCAGUAAUGAAUCCGCAAUUUCUAAAAGAAGCUACAACAGCAUGUGGUGGUGCUUUACCAAAUGAAACACAAUGCCAACUACAUCAAAUUGCAUUAUCGAUUGGCUCCAUUGAUGAAUAUGGUAGUCAAGACCCGCAGUUAUUACGUAAUUAUUUAAAUAAAUAUCGUAAAACCUUUAAUACCACCUCGCAAUCAUCCUUAACUAGCUCAUAUUCAUUUCAUGUGGAUGUGACUGCAGCUCUAGAAAGUAUAGUAUCGCCUGAAUACUUAGAAAGUGAAUUCAUUACACCUUAUGGAUAUAGUACAGAUUUAUACUUUGAAACUGACUUAUCUGGAAAACCCAUCCCUAUAGAAAAAGCACAAACAACUACUGAGUUAUAUACACCAUUAGCUAAAAACAAUCGACUGCGUUAUAUUGUUGAAGUUGAUGGGAAAACUCACUUUCUACGCAAAUAUCAGCUUUAUACUGGUCCAUCUAUAUUAAAGAAGAACCAUCUCAAAAAAUUUGGAUAUAACGUAAUACAGAUUCCGCAUUUCGAAUGGAGGAUUAUUGAUUCUUUUAGCGAUAAGGUGGAAUAUCUGAGACGAAAAAUAUCCCAUUAUGAUUCAGGCGACAGUGUAAAUUAG